GUGACAGGAUCAACGUCACCAUGAUCUCGGCGAUGCCGGCGGUGGCCGUGCGCCGCGAGCGGCGGCGCAGCAAGAGCGGCCGGGGUCUGGGCUCGCGCCAGGGCAGCGUCGUCUCGCUGCCGCACCGGCCCGACAGCCUGUCGACGCUCAACUCGCAGCCCAACGGGGCCGCGGUGCGCCGGUGGCGGGAGCGAGGUGGCACGAUCCAGGAGCAGCGAGCCCGCGUGCUCAUCUACCUGGCUACCUUGCUCCUGGUGGCCGGACUCAUCCUGCUCUUCAUAGGCGUGGGGGGCGGCAUGACGCACACGCGCACCGUGGGACUGCUCUUCAUCGCCGUGGGCGCGCUGCUGUGUCUCGUCAAGGUGUUCAUCACCCCCGAGCAGCACCAAACCAUCGUGCGCAGAGCACGACUGGUGUCUUCGCGCGAGUCCCUGUACGUGGCGCCGGCCGUCAAGAGCGUGCCCGAGGAGACCCUAGAACAGGUGCGCCGCGAGGCACAAGAGUCGGCGGCCGGAGCCAGUGCAGCGGCGCGGACCACCAGCCCUCCGUUGGACACUCGGCAAUUGUCCCAUCAGCCGAACAACAGCAACAGCGGAAGCAGUCCCGCACACAGCCUGCACGCGGCCGAGACCCAAGGACUCAUAUCCGAACGGGGUGUGCCACUGGCUGAUGGCCGCUUUUGAGCGCCGCCCACGCGUUACGUUGUCUCGCUUGCUGCGGGCAGCGUGGACGCACUGCCGAGCCCGACAGAUACACGCACGCGCACACCACCUCUGGCCCAACCUUCGACACCGGAAAAAUUUGACGCCGACACCUUUUUGGUGAACCGUGACACACGAGAAAUCUUGUCCAGGAGAGGAACUUCACCUGUGAGGGCGUUCGACGGUGUGGCGAGGCCCGCCAAGCAUCGAUAGGGCAGUGUUUGGUCUUCGUGAAAUGUCGUGCCAUCGAGUCCUGGAGCAGUGUGACUGGCGCAUGCUCAGUCUCUUGACCUUGUUCUGUGCGCGGGUCCUCCUUGGGGGUUUGAAGAUAAAAUUCAGGAUCAAAGUGCGCGGGAGAAAUGCUUACUACGAGUGACAUAUGGCCCUGAUAGUAAGUGUUCUCCAUCUUCAAACCGUGUAUCAACAUCAUCUGGCGACAUGUGUGGCGAAACCUCGAAGAUUGUGCAUGCUGCCCUGGAUCGGUCAGUUGGUUCCCUCCUAGGCCAAACGUCGCAGGAGAGACGUCGACUGCGAGUGACAUGAGGGAGGAAAGGCUAAAGGAUGUGUGCGGCUUUCCGUCAUGCGAGGAGUAGAGCUUGGAUAUCAUAUGUCCGGAUGGUCUUCUCUGAUACGGUGGCCUGCUGUACAUUUCCAGUGCUUCUGCUCUGGAAGGAGUAAGGCUGACAUGUUCACUAAGACACGGCAGCGUUGUCAUUGUGCUUUCUGUAUAUAUGUAAAGAGCUGUGUGAAACACUUGUGCGAACGCAGUAAAAGUGGUGACUGUAUUGAGAGGAAACUGAGGUAUUGCGGAACUAGAGCGGUUUAAACACCUGUUCAGUAACAGGAGGAAAUAGCUCUAAUAAAACAAGUGGGUUGUGCAUGGAGGAGGUUCUUUUGGCUAUUGCAGAACUGAUCCAAACAGGUGUACACGUUGAGCUGAUUACAUAAAGCCGUUGGCGCAGGAGGUGGGGUUAGUCGAAGGCCUGUGAAUGAUUGACGAUCUUGAUGGGUAUUUUGAUCAGUCGGCACAUACGUGCUGGUCAGUUGCGAUGGGUUCUUACGUGCGAGAGAACCUAAAUAUAGAGUUUUUUUUAGCGUACCACGAAUUUUUAUGUCAGGAGGCUAUCAGUGGGAGCUGCUUUACGCCGACAUCGAGUUUAUUAUUGCUGUUUUAUAGCCAUCAGAAACAGAAACAUUUCCCGGGAUUUAAUGGUGUCGCUGAAUGCCCGAACGUCCUCUGAUGUCCUUAUGGAUCUACAUGCUAGUAGAGCCUGAGAAGCAAGGUUGUAUUUUGAAAUGAACGAGGCUACUACAAAUGCUUCUUCACAUUACCUUGAGAAGUUGUCCUGCUUGGUCAAGAUCACGAGUCAACGAGGCACUGACAAAGCCCUUCAAACAACUUCAGAAUGAAUGCCGUUUAUUCUUUCUGGUCAGAUUUUUGAAUGAGGAUUAAAGUACAGCGCUCAUACUGGAUUGUUCUGCCACGAAUAUUUCCCACGUUAAGCAACUAGCGCAUGGAGAAAGCACCACGUGGCAAUCUUCGUCUUCUAAUAUUUUAAAAGACCUUUUCGUUAUUAUUACAAACAUUUCAGCAAUCUUCUAGACGCAUUAGUGACAUGAGCCCAUUUAUGAUCUGUGUCGGAAUGAGCGGAGUGUGCUGAAUUGGGCUGGUUGGUUCAUGACGAAGGUUGUAAAAACAGUGCGAAGGACAGGACUAAAGCAGAGACGACGUACACAGCGCUGUGUUCGAGAUUUGCAACAUGCGGGCAUUCUGUGUAGAAUCGCACUAGUCGCCAAGCCUCAGAGCAAAGCAUACGACACGUCCUGCUCGCAUGUCUCACGGACGGGGAUGGCCCUCCAAACAGGUGUAAGACUUUUAAAGGCAGGCGAGAAUACUGGAGGAAAUAUGCGUACAGACGUGUUUUGCCGGACGCAUCUCAACGCUGUGCACGUAGUAAUUGCUUUGAUCCUGUCCGUCGCGCUAUUUUUACCCCCUGUGUGGGAACGAAUAUCGAAUGCAUAACAUUUCAAUGGCUAUUCGUAGUAAGGCGCUCCAUGCUCGGUGACAGUAACGCUGCAGAGUGCCAAGCAUCAGGGGGUCGAGCUCAUGUGCUCAGCUUUGCUAGCUCAGUACGUGCUGCGAAUCAAAAAGCGCAAAACCAUGAGAAUACUGGAGCUCCAUAGUAACAGUUGGCAACAAUUGUCCCUAUUCACAAAAGUUCUGUUGCAUAGCAGCGUUUGUUAAUCGACCGAUACUCCCACUGUUUUCGUAAAUGAUCAUGAUCAGCGGGAUGAUAGGAGAGAUCGAUAAAAAGUCAAAUUAGCGCUGAAGACGUUAGGCUAGCCACAUGGCUUACAUGCUGCGCGAGAUGUUUAGGGUGGAGAAAUUGCAGGAAAUAAUAAAAAUUGUUGAAAAUGAAAGUAGGUAGAGCAAGAAGUUUAAUGCAAAGCACUAUUCAAGCAAAAUGAAAUCCAAAUGCAUGAAAAUAUACAGGUCUAGAAUAAAGCCCUAAAGUCAGUACCACUUUUGUCGCGUGCAAAACUGAAGCAGUGCUCCCUCAGUCUGUGCUAAUAUCUCGCUGUUGAAUGUGUGCAUACAGCCCGAAGCUAAAAAAAACUCUUGAACUCAUUUUGGGAAGUUGUGAAUGAAACUACCACCUCAGAGAUGGCCAAUAUAUGCCUGCACUAACGUAGGAACACUUUUUUGAAUAGUGAUGCAGGUCCUUUUGUUACGCCUUUUGAGUUGCAACAAAUCACCUUUUUAGGAAAUCAGCUGGGUAGGAUGUAUGUUUGAUUAAAAUGUCCUAGCCUCUGGCACUGACUGUUCUGCAUGCAAAACGAUUGCGCAAGGUGUGUAAAAAACUAUUGGUAUUCGGGUCUGUCAAGGCGUACAAAUGAAGCAUAAAUAAAACAUGGCGAAGGUUAUGGGAACAAAAUUUGUGUCUGUGCAGAAUGAAGGUCGUUUUCAUGGCCGAACGUUUACUUCUAACGUCCAGGUAAGGCAGAUUUGAUCGCUUACGGCUUUUGUCGGGGAUAAGCGCAGCGUUAACAUUCAUGAUGCCGUCACAGAGAUUUCUAUGUGUAAUCACUGUUGUAUAAUUUACGUGCUCGCAUUUUGUCCUAACACGAAAUGGUGCUGCCAUGGUUUCCAUGUAAUGACCAAGUCGCUUGGCGAAGGCAUUUUUGCCAAGUUAUUUUUUAAUCUUACUCUCACAUCAUAAAGUUUUUCUUGUAGAAUACUUUCCGAGAAUAAAAAGUUCGUACUUUAGUUAGUGCUCGAGCUGUAAGAUAGAAUGUACAGAUACUUGCGGGAAGUCCUUUUGCGAACUCUUUACUCCGAAGAAAUUCCCCGCUUUUGCGAAUGAAAUCGAGUCAUUUUAAGAGGCCAGUCAGGAGCACUAUCUUUGUCUCAAGAAAUCUGUUCGCUACGGGCGUGCAGAGCCUCCAGCAAAUUGAGCAGCCUGUUCCUGCAGAAAUUACACAUCAGCAGGACAGGUCUUCUCAGGCAAGGCUUCUUAAAGAUUCUUGAGUGAUCAAUCGACGCUCAACUGAUGGUUGUCAGGAAAGGUUACCCGAACGCUGGCCUUAUUUUGUUUAGCCAUCGUUACGGAAGCUGGUAAUUUAAGCGCUUAGAGGAGAAAUAGCUUUUGUUAUGACUGCUAAGGUAAAUCGCAGCAGCUUUUCUGCGAAGUAUCAGUGUUUGAAACGGCUGAACGUCUUUGUCACCUCUAUGUACACAGGGUUAUUGUGCUUUCUAAUUGCCCCCUGUUAACUUUUAAAGCUUGUGCUUUUCGGACAAAGUGAACAUUUGUUCUUGUUUUUGAUCACCUGCCACUGUUUAUGCAGCUGAAUUGAGCUACACGAUGCAGGGCUGUUAACGUCCAUUAAACGAGCUUCCAAUGUGACGGCACACGUGGAAUGUUUUCACUGAAGGAUCUACUGCUCAACGCUUGUUACGCAACUGUAUUGCGGCGAACGGCUAGCUUGCACUAAAAUGCUAUACUCUUAUCCCAAGACAAAAGCAUUAGUCGCGUUAACUUGGCACUGUUGGCAGUAGUAUUAUCUUCCAGUCUUGUACACCACACGCCAAUGCGUGAACGGCCGAAAUAUUCCAGAAAGUGUCUUGAGGCGUGCGGUAUGCAUAGGAGCUAUAGUAUGUAAAGUAGGUAAGAUUACUGACAGGUAUAGCUUCUGAAGAUUUUAGUAUUCGAGCUUCGCACCGCAUCAAGCAUGAUAGAAAAAUUAUAACGAGGUGUAGCACCAACCGCAUAACGAUUGCACUUUCGCGAGGUGAGCCGAGGUGAAAGUGGUGACAUAAUACGGUAGAAGCACAAUCGAAACAAGGUAGCGCCUGCGUUUCAUUCCAUUGUGCAAUGUAUUGGUUCGGGGCUUGUUGGUAUUGCAUACAGGAUUCUUGGAGGGAAGAGAAAAGGGGCAACGGGACACAGACUGACACAAACACAAGUGAGAGCAUACAGCAGUUGUGUCUUUCAGGCACAUUAUAUUUGGUGGUGUGCUGACGUGGCGUCGGUAAUGUCUUUUAGGUGUUUGAAUUUCUUGCGCGGGAAGUGGACUUCAUUCGCAAGAUAGCGCAUAUGUGUGUCUGUGCUUUUAUACUUCUUUCGUUUGCACUAAAUAUGAAGCACACCAUUGUGUUGUACAAAAAAGGCGACGCAUGGAAGCGCGAUUAUGCUGCGGUUCAAAGCAACCCAUUUCUUUUCAUCGGUCUCAGCCGCGGUAGCGUUAUUGUAUUACUUGAUGUUGGAAACAAAAUCAUGACGCCUGGCGAAGCACUUAAUUUAAAUACAGGAAGAACUAAAGGGCCCCUCCGACGAGCUUUUCAAGCAUUAUGAGGCCUUCAUGAGGUUUUAUUUCCCUCGCCCUUAAUUAUUGUCGGGUCCUGAUGGCAAAACAUAGCCAUAGUACUCGGUACUAUAAAAACAAAUGUAAAACAUACAUGUAUAAUGUGUUGCGAAUUUGAAGAUCUUCAAACACCAUAUGUGGUCGAUUUGUUCUUUGAGUGCGGGGCUUCUGAAGAUAUUCAAUUUAAUUAUUACUACAAACCGGUUAUUAUAAUGUAGUGGUGAUAAACGCACUGUCAUAAACAUAUCUAGCUGCGAAGGCUCUGCUGGUUCGUUAUAGAGGGUGAUCAUUUGUAAGUUUUAAGGAAUUCUUCUAAAUCAGCUGUCGCAGGUUACAUAAAUCCAGUCCUUAAGAGGAAGCUUUAGCUUGGGUGCUCCUAUCUAAAUACACGUAAAAGGAGAAUUCUUUUUUCUUUGCCACUAGUGGACUAAAUUUGACGAGAUUUGUGGCAUUAUAAAAAAAAAAGCUUGAAAUCUAGUGACAUUUGGUUUUGAAUUUUUGACUUAGCUUGUCAAUGUUUUAUUAAAAAUUGGCAAACCGCAAAGUUUCAGAAAACGAAACUAUCAAGUUUAGAACUCUGUAACUCAGCAUUAACAAAUGAUAUAACAAUUAUGUGAAUUGAAUCUAAUAGUACAUCAAAAGCGAACAAAGCUAAUAUCUUACACAUGAAUCUCAAAAUAUUUCGUAAUAUGGAAAUGGAAAUUUCGUAAAAUGGAUGUCCUUUAAAGAACCACGAUAGUUGUUCUUGAUGCAGGGCUAUUCAUUUGUAAACUUCGUGCUUGCAUUUUCUUCGACCUUUCGAAUUUUGGAAAAAUUUGAAAACAAAAUUCAGGCCAUAAAACGAAAUUCCGCUUCGAGCAGUCACUAGAAUUUACUGCAUAUUUCAAACGCAACAAAUGUCAUUAAAAUCGGUCCUGCAGGUAUCUUACAAAAGCAUUUCUGCGUUUUACAUGUAUACGAAUAGGCCGCGUCGGAGUUGGGCCCAAGCUAAAGCUUCCUCUGAAGCUGGAUUGUAUGGAGUGCUGGUUGCGCGAAAAACUGAAACACAUUAAACUAAUUAACAAAAAUGAAUAAAUAAUUUCCUAAAUAUUACCGUUACGGCACAUAUUGCAUGUAGCAGGAAUUGUAUGUAGCCAGAGAGUUUGCGAGACACAUCCAUUUGAAAAGAAUUCCCAGGAUGACACCAGUUUCGAGAUAUUAUUUCCGAAAGUGUGGGACGAAAUACAUGGGCUUUCCACUUAAUUUUAUGCUUCAAUGCAUAAACGAGCUUUUUGUUAAAAAGUAAGUAAACCAUCUGUGCAUUUCCAAGUCGAGUUUGAUGGCGCAUAUCUCCAAACUGGUGUCAUUGGCAAUUCAUUCGAAGUGGAUGCACCUAACUCAGCGGCUACAAUUUGUAAAUUGCAAUAUGUGCCAUAAUGUAAUUAUCUAACAAGUCAAUGAGUGAAUUUUUGUUAAUUCAGUGAAUAUGUGUGUGCAAGUAAUACCCGUCUCUUAACUGUCCCGCUCAAGGACUGGAAUUAUUUUAUCUGCAACAGGCAAUUUUUAUAAAUUCCUUAAACUUGCAAAUGGUAUAAGCCGCGAAUGGUAGUGGAAAAAGAAAAACCUAAGCGACAGUAACUUUGGCAAAUAAUCGCAGAUAGAUUUCAAGCACGCGUUAUUUAUGCUGAAACAAACACAUUCACGAAGACAGAAAUUGAAUAGCUAUGGCUUUCACUUCGCACUUGUUGAAAGGAAGAAUAUUUGGUUUGACCCAGACACACUGACACCAAAAGCGAUAUUAUUCAGCCACUUUUUAAAAUGCUGCUUGGAGCACGCACACAUUAUAGCCACUAGUUCAUCAGGAGCUGCGUCUUAGGUGCGGAGUUGAGACAUUGCGAGCUCAGACUUGCUAAAUAAGUGAGACAGAAAAGCUUGUUGGCCCGUGCGGGCUCCGCAUAGUGAUUUCGCCAUGCUUUACUGCGGGUGUGAGAAUGUACAGUAGAUGACACAUUUUCAAGGCGAUGAUGUUUGUGACAAGAACGGGCAAAAAGGUCGCGCUAUGGCCGAUUAACUACAAAAGAUUACGGCAUUAUUGUUAACUAUGAGAUUGACCAAGAGCUAUGUCUCUGAAGUAUACUUAAACGCUGAUUGUCUACAAACCAGCCGUGUUAUUGCCAACUUGGUUAAUACGUGUAAAACGGUUGCCUAGUAUAAGCUGCAGAAAAUGCACUCAAAUUAGACACUCUGCUUUAAGAUUUGCCGAGCACACAUGGUAUAUCUAGUUCCUGGCAUGCUAGGUCACGAAAACAUCUUCGUUAUAGUGUCUCUUUGUUUAAGUGCCGCAUUUUUAUGAGUUCGUUUGACCGAACAAACCUAUACUACACAGGACAUAUAGUAAGUGCAAUGCAUGACACACUCACAGAAAUAACCUAGUAUUUAUGAAACUCCGGCAACGUCCAAUAUUCAGCUGAUGUUAUUGGAAAAGUAGCAGAUGUGUUGAUUCAGGUGCACAUCUCUUAAGAAAAGCAAUGCCACAUUUAAACGGAGAGAGACACUUAUCUCUGAUGUUUUAUUGCACUGUAAUAGUGACAAGUUCUGUUCUUUGAAUCUGCAAGUCCAAAUAACUCCUGCGAAUGUGCUUUAUACGGCAGGUUCAGUUGUAGCUGGACGCGAGAUACACGUUUCCUCCUAUGAUAAAGCUCAUCUAACGAAUGAAAAAAACUGCGCACCUACUUGCAGAAAGAUUCUGAAAUGUUAACGUCAAACCUUAACGGCUGUGAGUAGCAGAAUAUUUAUGACUUGCCAAGUUUUGCCCGUUCUUGAGUGAGAAAGUUCGAGAAGGAAUGUACUGUUCGUGCCUGUGCUGCGCAUUUAUUGUUGCUGCGGCUGUGUUCUGUUUUGGUGCCAUUUAAGUGUUUAUGUGACGCGCUCUUGUACACAACUGCAACUUCAUAGCCGUCUUGCAGCCGUGGCCAGUCGGUCAGCUUUCAACUCGUUCGUGUACUUUUCGCUGUUGUGCUGUGCAAAGCUGUUGUUGAUGUUGAGUUCCACAUUUCCGUCAAGUUUAUGUGUGUCUUGUGUGUACGCGCAUGUAGACGCUUGCUUGAAAUUUUAAAGCUAGUUACAGACAUUUAACCCGAGGGUGUGCUUGCACGAGGUUCGGUUCUUGCGGAUUCUACUGCGGAUGCUCAUGUACGUUAUUCAAGAACUUUGCGAAGAUAGUAUGGAAGUUACACAUUUCUUUUUUUUUUCAAACUAUUUCACCGAAGUUCGUAACUACGCCGCCAUAUUGAAAGUACUGUUGACAUUCAGGCACAUGACGAUGACAUGGAUCGUUAGCUGGUAAGCACAGUAAACUAGUAAAGAAGGGUUGCGGAAAGAAACAGGUGGAAAGCUGUUCGAUUGAAGUUAAGUGACAGUGACGCAGAGCAAGCGCUUAAGGUGGAGUAGGAUGUGUACUUCACUUUUUUUCUGUGUGUAGUGUUUCUAAUUGUUAAACUCUUCCAUUAUAUCGUGAGUCUGAAGGCGUGCUGCCAUGCUAUAAAACAAUUAAAUGACAAGGCAACGAGGACAUAACGGUCGCUGAUAACGUUGCUGGUAUAGCUGACAGUGUUACAUAGUUAUACAACAUGUCAGCGUAAAUUUAAAGGCGAAUUUGAAGUCCGUUACUAGCGUACUUUAUUGCGCUGUAUAUUUGCAAACCUGACUUCUUUUUUGAAUAAAUGUUGUGAAAACACUGCCCAUAGUAAGUGAUGACAAAUUUGCUGCAAACAGGAUUUUGAGUGGUAGAAAUCGUGCGAGAUGAAACGGAGAACCUUACUUAUUUUUUCAUUGUAUAUGAGCAUGCAGAGGAUACAGAAUAUGAGCAAAUAUUUAACAGGGGCAGAAUGUAACCGCACGGGACCACUCUCGGGAGCAAUGUAAACAUUAAUAUAUGACAAAACUGGCCAUGCAAGAAAAUGACGAUAAGAAAGUAAUGCUGAUUAAAGGAGGUAACAGAAUUCAACUGAGACUUUCAAUCGAAAUAGAGCUGUUAAAAGCAAGUACCACAGUUGAAGCAUAUUUCUAUCACUGGCUAUUAAGAAAUUGUCAUGCAAUCACCUGUAGUUUUACUCCGCACCAACGCUGCCGCUAAGUUUAUGGCGGCAGACCUUUGUGUUUGUACUGAGUACCGGCUUUGCCUUGAUGCUCCCCUAUACUCCAACGGAAAACAUCAAAAUACUGACGUCAGGCAACCUUAAUAAUGUCAUAGUGCUGGCAUGCUCUGGCGUUACUCCACGAAAGAAAUGAUGCCAUCAGUUCAAACAUUAACGACAGAACAGCAAGAAUAAUCCAAGGCAAAUCCUUCUUGGAAAAAACAACGCAUCUCCAAAACAAAGGCAUUUAGCCUAUAAAAAAUUCGUGAAAUUUAGGUCGCCGCUACUGCUAGUCACCACAGAAUUGAUGCAGUAUAUGUCCAGGAAGCACCUUUAAUUCAAGGACACAGAUCGUGUGCCUUUUUUGUGUAAAUGGAAAACAAGAACCAAGUAUAGCCCCAUCAAGAAUUGUUUACCAUUCUUGGUCACAACGAAGACUGUCGCAUAAGAACCAGAACAUUUGUGCGUUCCAAUAAAUACAGGGUCGAAGCAUUAAAUGAGUACAACUAUGUGUGAAAGUUCUUCAACGUGACCACUCACCUAUUACGAAAAGAAUGUUCAUAAAAAUCAUUAUGCCAAAAGAAAUUUCCUUUAGGCCAAUUAAAUAACGUGAACAUCAGUGAAUUACAUCUAAAACACCCCAAUAUUUGUCUCACACUCUGGCUGUGUCCUUUUGAUGUCUUCAGUGAUGUGCAAAAGUAUAGAUUUAUCGCUAGGAAGCUGGACUUGUCAUGUUUUCAAGCAAUGAAUAUUCCUUGCUGUACUCAGUUUGGGCAUACAACGUUUUUCUCAAAAGCUCUUAUUUUCGAGUACAGAGCCGUUAAGCUGGUGCAAGCAUGUCCCGAGUCAUGUACACAGCCGGACGAAGUGACACGAAUUUUUAUAUAUAUCAAUUUGCGUGUACAGUUUCCAGUGCCAAUGAACCAUUGCGUUCUAUGAUGACUGUCCGAGUGUAUACUCAAGGAAUGUCGUGAAACAUGAAUUUGUCCUAUUGUGCCUGAACAGUGUUAAACCGUGUUUUUAAGAGUGAACAAAGAGACGACGUGUAAAUAUCAGUCAAUAAAAUCUAUCCACUCCAUA